CGCACCUAGUCUUCCAGUAGCGAACGGCGGGAGGCGCGUUGAACGCAUGCGUUUUGGAGCAGCCUAGAAAAAGGGGUUGCUGGCGGGCCGCGUCGAAGACAUGGAGCAGGGCUACGGAGGCUAUGGGGCGUGGAGCGCUGGACCUGCCAACACCCAGGGAGCGUAUGGAACUGGUGUGGCCAGCUGGCAAGGUUAUGAAAACUACAACUAUUACGGGGCCCAGAACACCAACGUCAACACAGGCGCCACCUACAGCUACGGCCCUGCCUCGUGGGAGGCCACCAAGGCCAGCGAUGGCGGCCUGGCAGCUGGCGGCCCCCCUAUGCACAUGGCCUCCUACGGCCCAGAGCCGUGCGCUGACAAUUCCGACUCCCUCAUCGCCAAGAUCAACCAGCGCCUGGACCUGAUGUCCAAGGAAGGAGGCAGGGGCGGGAGCGGCGGCGGUGGGGAGGGCAUGCAGGACCGGGAGAGCUCCUUCCGCUUCCAGCACUUCGAGUCUUACGACUCCAGGCCCUGCCUGCCCGAGCCCAACCCCUACCGCCCCAGCUACAGCUACGACUAUGACUUCCACCUGGGGUCUGACCGCAACGGCGGUUUCGGUGGGCAGUACAGCGACUGCCGGGACCCCGUCCGCGAGCGCAGCCCCCUCGAUGGCUUCGGCCGGGGCCGGGGCCAAAGCCGCUUCCAGGACCGCUUCCAGGACCGCUUCCAGGACCGGAGCAACCCCAGCAACUUCAUGCGCAGCGACCCCUUCAUGCCUCCCGCGGCCUCUUCCGAACCCUUGUCCACACCAUGGAAUGACCUGAACUAUGUGGGUGGGCGAGGCCUGGGAGGCCCCUCGCCCAGCAGGCCACCGCCGCCCCCCCUCUUCUCCCAGUCCAUGGCCCCCUCCGACUAUGGCGCCAUGGGCAUGCAGGGGGCGGGGGGUUACGACAGCUCGAUGCCCUAUGGGUGUGGCCGCUCACAGACCCGGAUGCGAGAUCGGCCCCGGAGGAGAGGGUUUGAUCGCUUCGGACCGGACAGCAUGGGCAGGAAGCGGAAGCAGUUCCAGAUGUACGAAGAGCCGGAUGCCAAGCUGGCCCGCGCUGACAGCGAAGGAGACUACUCUGAGAAUGAUGACGGAGCUGCUGACUUCCGGUCAGGAGAUGAAGACUUCAGGGGCGAGGACGAGUUCGGUGACCCGGGGCGGCAGAGAGGAGAGAAGGAGGACGAGGAUGAAGAAGUGAAGAAGAGAAGGGAAAAGCAGAGGAGGAGAGACAGGAUGCGGGACCGAGCAGCCGACAGGAUUCAGUUUGCCUGUUCUGUGUGCAAGUUCCGCAGCUUCGAAGACGAAGAAAUCCAGAAGCAUCUGCAAAGCAAGUUUCACAAAGAGACGCUGCGGUUUAUCAGUACCAAACUGCCAGACAAGACGGUGGAGUUUCUGCAGGAGUACAUCGUAAACCGGAAUAAGAAAAUCGAGAAGCGGCGUCAGGAGCUGAUGGAAAAGGAAAGCGCGAAACCAAAACCAGAUCCUUUCAAGGGGAUUGGCCAGGAGCAUUUCUUCAAGAAGAUCGAGGCUGCGCACUGCCUGGCUUGUGACAUGCUGAUUCCCGCCCAGCACCAGCUCCUCCAGCGGCACCUGCACUCCGUCGACCACAAUCACAACCGUCGGUUGGCUGCUGAACAGUUCAAGAAGACAAGUCUCCAUGUGGCCAAGAGUGUCCUGAACAACCGCCACAUCGUGAAGAUGCUGGAGAAAUACCUCAAGGGUGAGGACCCUUUCACCAAUGAAACCGUGGAUCCCGAAAUGGAAGGAGAUGACAAUUUAGGAGCAGAGGAUAAAGAGGAGACCCCAGAGGAGGUGGCUGCGGAAGUCUUAGCGGAGGUGAUCACCGCAGCCGUGAAGGCUGUGGAUGGGGAAGGAGCUCCCGCUGCCGAGGGGAGUGGAGCGCCUGCAGAUGCCGAGGGCUCCGUGGACAAGGCGCAGGCCAGCAGCGACCCCCACACCGAGCAGCCGCAAGAAGAGCCGCCCUGUGCGACAGCAUCCGAGAAGGGGACCACCGAGGCCGGAAGUGAGCCUGCUGGAGCUGGAGGUGACACAGAGACACUGGCCGCAGAGGCUGUAGGCGCCCCCGAGGUGGCUGCUCCAGCCCCAGCCGCCCAGGUAGAACAAACUGAUGCUGAGUCCAAAGAUACCCUUCCCACAGAGUGACCGUCAUCUCCCUGUUUCAAGGGGCGCGCGGUAGCACACAUCACCCGGUGGUCCUGGGUCUGUAAGCAUUCUAGGGUGUGCGUUACCAGAACACACUGUAAAUGAAUUUCCGGAGGCCUGGCCAUUCCCUUCCACACCGUGCACCAGGCUCGGCCUGGGCCGUCGCCAGGCUCUGGCCCCGAAAGCUGCGUUCCCCCAGGCAGCCGGGACAUCUUUCUUUACACCGAGGUUGGAACAAUAAAAGUUGGGUAAUUCGAUUUGCUUGUUAACCACAGCCACUGGCUGAAUGCCUCCUCUUUGUCUUUCUCUAACAUUUUUUGGGGGGGUGGGAAGCUAGUCUUGGAUUUUAUCUUCCUUUAUAAAGGAUUUUUCUUUCUGUUUUUUGUUUUUUCUUUUUGUUUUUGAUUGCCAGA